AUGGCCUCACAUCACAACUCUCACGCCUCGCAUUCAGCGAACAACAACGACUCUCCAACAACCUUCCACCACUUCCCUCACGGCCACCAAGACCUCCUCCUCGCCGCCGCGUACAACUUCUAUGGAACGCGUCUAGCCACGGCCUCGGCGGAUCACAAAAUCAAAAUCUGGGACCGAACACCCUCAAAUCCCCAAGUACCAACAACAACAUCCACAGACCCCUCAAUACCCACCAUCUCAUCAUCUCCAGCAACCUGGACUCUCACCACAACCUUCCCCGCUCACGACGCCGAAGUCACGGGCCUCUGCUGGAACGGGCCCUACACCGGCGAACAUCUCGCGUCCAUCGGCGAAGACGGGCAGGUGAAAAUCUGGGCGGAGGACCCCACGGAACCGAUUUCCAGCACGCGACGGUUUCGACGCGUGUGGCAGCAGCGGAGUUCGACGGGCGUGCCCUUCGUCGGACUAGGGUUCAAGUAUUCCGGCGUAGACACAGUCCUAGCGCUGACGACUCGCGAUGGCUAUCUCACCGUCUGGGAACCGAACGAUGAUGCUGGAGGAGGCGCCGGGGCAAAUGCUGGAGGAGGGGAGGACGACGGCGAUGAUCUUUCCUCGUGGAAAUUGUGGUACGAGGACCAUCUCUGCGCUACACCCCCGCGGACGGAGGAGACGGCUUUCCGCCUGUGCUGGCAUGCGGAGAAAUUACCUCCCUGGCCCGCGAUUCUGGCGGGCUUGGAUCGGAGGAGCAUUGGAUUCGCGGUGGCGGUGGGGAAUAGCGUGAGGAUCUACCGGACGGACAAGGAGAGGAAAUUCUAUGUUGCGGCGACGCUGGAGGGGGCGGGUGGUUUGGUGAGGGAUGUGGCGUGGGCGAACGGGAGCAUGAGGGGAUUUGAUCUGAUUGCGACCGCGAGCAGGGAUGGGUUUGUGAGGAUUUAUGAACUGCACACUCCCGCGACGGCCAAUGCUUCUAUGACAACGACAACAGCGGCGGCGAAUACCGACUCAGCAAGCCACCACCACCACCAACAAACGUCACAACCCACCCUCCCCUCCCCCCAGACCCCGACCUUCAACACCGGCGGCACCACCGCCGUCAAACCGCACCACCCCCCAACAACAACACGCUCCUCCGUCCUGCGCUCCCAACUCCUCGGCGGCCGCGACGGGAAACGCGACCCCUCCUCCCGCGGCCCAGGCGCGAUUCUUCAAGAAGUAAAACUCAUCGCGGAAUUAGACGCGCAUGAAGGCGCGCCCUGGAGGGUGGCGUGGUCGCCGCUGGGCGAGAUCCUGGUGUCGACGGGGGACGACGGGGUCGUGCGGUUGUGGAGGAGGAGCGUGGAGGGGAGGUGGCUGGAGAGCGUGGAGGUGGAUCUCACGGGGUGA